UGACGACCCCCCCUCCACGUCCACCAGACUGACCAACCCCCCAUCCUCAGCCCCUCAAUUGGCCCGUCAUUGAAGAAAUAACAACCAUGUCGCAACCACCCCCCAAGCGCCAAAAGCGCGCCGAAUACCGCAAACAAGUCGCCGAAGCCGUCGGCGAUGAAUCCGCCCCCGUGGGCAAGGUCAAGCUUCCCAAGAAGAAGUUCUAUCGGCAGCGGGCUCAUGCGAAUCCGUUUUCGGAUCAUCAGUUGAACUAUCCUCUCAGCCCGGCGCAUAUGGAUUGGGCAUCGCAUUUCCCGGCGUUCGUGAAUCCGGACCCGGCGCAGACGAAUCUCAUUGGAACGAGGAAGUUGCUGAAGGAUGUGGAGGUCGUGGAUAUUGGGUGUGGGUUUGGUGGAUUGUUGGUUGGGUUGGCGGGGUUGUUGCCGGAGACUUUGAUGGUUGGAAUGGAAAUCCGCGUCGCCGUUCUCGACUACCUUACUACUCGCAUCCAAGCCCUUCGCAUGCAACAACAGCAUCAACAAAAGACACAAUCGCAGUCGCAGUCGCAACCUCCCUCUUCUACCUCGACUCCCGCUCCUGCUCCUACUACCCCCGCCGCCGACGAUGCCGAAACGCCGUCCGACGCACCCGCCCCCCCGGACCCGAACACCAGCACUGCGCUCGUCCCCGGCGGAUACCAGAACAUCUCUGCGAUUCGCAGCAACACGAUGAAGUUCUUCCCGAAUUUCUUCAACAAGCACCAGCUCUCGAAGAUCUUUAUCUGUUUCCCGGAUCCGCAUUUCAAGGCGCGGAAGCACAAGGCGCGUAUUAUUUCGGAGACGUUGAAUGCGGAGUAUGCGUAUGCGCUGCGGCCGGGGGGUCUGUUGUAUACGAUUACGGAUGUGGAGGAGUAUCAUCAUUGGAUUUUGAGACAUUUCCGGGAUGAGACUGCGGUGGAGGGUGGGGAGAAUGAGGGACCCACGGUGAAGGAGUUGUUUGAACGGGUGUCGGAGGAGGAGUUGGAGAAGGAUGAGUGUGUGCAGGUCAUGAGGGAGGCGACGGAGGAAGGAAAGAAGGUUACGAGGAAUAAUGGAAAUAAAUACGUGGCGGUGUUUAGGAGGAAGCAGGACCCGGAGUGGGCUUGAUGGCUUUGCUUGGGGCUUGAAGGAGUUGAUAGAUUUGCUUUGAGAUAAAAGUUUAAAUCUGGAUAUUUAUGGUACUUGUGGCCUUGUCUGGAAUGAUG